UGCCGAACGCAGUGGUCGGAUCGAUUUGUUUCAUGAUCGGUGGCUGCCGGGACAUCAGUUAAUAACAAUUUCCACAAAUCUAAUACAACAUCAAUCAAAAUCUUACCAAAAUCAAACUAACAAUAAACAUUUCAACAGUUCCAAUAAUAACACAGUUAAUAACAACCUAAUUGGUUAAAAUACUUAAAAUAGUUUUAAAACAUGUCCAACUCUGUUAGCACUGGAUACGAAGAGGUUUACGACAGCACGUGGCACAUCAUUCCACCAGAUUACGUUAACAUGGACGACGACUAUCGUUACCAACCUACGCUGAAUUACAGCUAUGAACAUGGAGACUCGAACUACUACCGAAACGAACUUCAAUACACUUUGUUAGAUAGCAUGAAAGCGACGACCGCUGGACAUCAAAGACAACCGGCGGGUUUCGCAAUUAGCGAUAUCCUCGACCUUAACGACAGAUCAACGGAAUCCGGAUUGGAAUCGCCGUCGGAUCGUAGCAUCUACCAACACCCGCAAGACCUCACCUCUGGUCAAACUUUAAUUCCACCUCCAAGUAGACAUUGGGCACUACCUUCAGAAUUAGCACUAGCGCAUCACAAUCAACAGCUCAGCCCGGAUAGCACCAGCCCAUCGAUAUCGGAACGCUCUACGACGUUACCGGAAGUCCCGGCCGGAAGUCACUCUGACCCGGGCACGCAUACCGGCGACGAGGAAAUCGAAGAGGACGACGAGGACGAUCGCGGUCAGGGGAGUCAAGCUGCAGGACACAAAAAACGUAAACGUAGAGUGUUAUUCUCCAAAGCUCAGACUUUUGAGUUGGAGAGACGUUUCCGCCAACAACGAUAUCUAUCCGCGCCGGAACGAGAACAUCUCGCGUCCCUCAUCCGCCUCACACCAACACAGGUGAAGAUCUGGUUCCAGAACCAUCGCUACAAGACAAAACGUGCUCAACAUGAAAAAGGUCUUCAUGAACAGCAAUCGGGUGGGCAUCUACCAUCACCCCGACGGGUGGCUGUACCAGUGUUAGUACGAGAUGGUAAACCAUGUUUAGGAGGUGGUCCUAAACCCGGGGACCAUUUACCUGGCACCCAUAUGAUUCUACCUUCGUAUGCGCAUCCGCUGAUGCAUACACAACCACCGCGUGCAUGGUGGUAAGCCUAAAGUCACACAAAUCGAACCCCGCAAUACUGUACUAACCGAUAAACGUGUAAAUAUCGCAGGCGGACUUUAACGUUACAAUUGAGAAUUAUAAAUACGUAGAUAUCCGGGAAUUGUAUAUUGUUUCGAGAUCGCUGGCCAGUCAAAAGGAGCGAAAUGUGAUUUUCUAAAUCUAUAUAAUAUAUAGAGUGUUUAUUAUUUCCUUGCUGUAAUAUAAUUGUUAUUUAGUUUUUUAGUGCAUAUGUAAUAUUAUUGUCAUUAUUUUCGUGCCGGAUAAUGUAAUGAUUACCUAAUUCGUAUUAAGGCGGUACAUGGUUUCUUAAUUAGAUUGUGCGUUUGUAACCUUGUCAGUUUUAUGAUUGAGGUGUGAUUUUAUCGGGUAAAAAGUCAGAUGUUGUGAAAACUCAUCAAAUAUUACGUAUAUAGGUACAUGUUGCUAUAAAACUCAUACGGGAACCAAAUAAGUACUAAACACACAGACAGCCAAGCGUUCGUUAUCAGGUGAGGUGUUUUUUGUCGAGCUGCACCUGAUUUUACGAUAAUUGGGUGCUUGCUACCAAAACUCACACUCAUAUAGACACCUACAUUAGACACAACGACAUCUAUUCAAUAUCAAUUUUUGUGAACAUGUAAUGAUACUUGCGUUUCACAGCUGGUUGUAACUAAAAAUUGUGAAAAUAAUGCAAAUAAUCUGUACAAAUUUAAUUUAUUUCAACGAAAUAUAAAGAUUAUAUCAGAA